UGACCGUCUCAGGACUCAGUUGUGAAUCAGAGCGUCCUUCCGGACGGUCCAAUCACAGCGCAGACCUCCCGGAGCUCGCGACCACUGCGCACGCUCCUCCCACAGUCGCUGUCCAAGUUAACGUAGAGACGGAACAUUUUUAACGUCAAAGAUGACGACUUCGUGGAGUAACCGCCUGCAGAACUGUGCUGAACUCCCGGCCAACAUGGACGGCAUUGCAAUGAAGAAGUAUCGACGCGAAGCUCACCACAGCUUUCCGAGGGAUCUGGCUCAUCCUGCAAUGAGGGUGUUUGUCAAUCGAAGCUUGGCCAUGGAAAAAAUCAAGUGCUUUGGAUUUGACAUGGAUUAUACUCUAGCUGUGUAUAAAUCUCCAGAGUACGAGUCACUGGGAUUUGACUUGACCGUUGAGCGUCUGGUAUCCAUCGGUUACCCCCAAGAGUUGCUCAACUUUGUCUAUGAUCCCUCCUUCCCCACCAGAGGUCUGGUGUUUGACACCAUGUUUGGCAACCUGCUAAAAGUGGAUGCCUAUGGGAACAUUCUGGUGUGUGCACACGGGUUCAACUUCUUGAGGGGACCUGAGAUCAGAGAGAUGUAUCCCAACAAAUUCAUCCAGCGUGGAGAUACCGACCGCUUCUACAUCCUGAACACACUCUUUAACCUGCCAGAAACAUACCUCUUCGCUUGUUUGGUGGAUUUCUUUACUAACUGUCCCAGAUAUGCAAGUUGUGAAUCUGGCUUCAAAGACGGAGACCUCUUCAUGUCGUACAAGAGCAUGUUCCAGGACGUGAGAGAUGCUGUGGACUGGGUUCACUUCAAGGGAUCCUUGAAAGAGAAGACGGUUGAGAACCUGGAGAAGUAUGUGGUAAAGGAUCCGAAGCUCCCUCUGCUCCUCAGCCGCAUGAACGAAGUGGCUAAAGUAUUUCUGGCCACUAACAGUGAUUAUAAAUACACUGAGAAAAUCAUGACCUACCUGUUUGACUUUCCUCAUGGACCAAAGCCGGGAACACCUCACCGGCCCUGGAAGUCCUACUUUGGCCUGAUCCUGGUAGACGCCCGCAAGCCCGUGUUCUUUGCGGAAGGUACAGUUCUGCGGCAAGUCGACACUACCACGGGUCGACUGAAGAUCGGCACAUACACCGGACAGCUCCAGCACGGCAUCGUGUACUCUGGAGGAUCCUCAGACAUCGUUUGCGACUUGCUGGGUGCUAAAGGAAAGGACAUCGUCUACAUUGGAGACCACAUUUUUGGAGACAUUCUCAAGUCCAAGAAGCGCCAGGGCUGGAGAACGUUCCUGGUCAUACCUGAGCUGGCCCAGGAGCUCCAUGUGUGGACUGACAAGAGCGCCAUCUUUGAGGAACUUCAGUCACUUGACUGCUUUCUCGCAGAUCUUUACAAGCAUUUGGACAGCAGUAGUAAUGAAAGACCUGACAUCAGCUCACUGCAGAGGCGCAUCAAGAAAGUAACCCAUGACAUGGACAUGUGCUACGGCAUGAUGGGAAGUCUAUUGCGCAGUGGAUCCCGGCAGACACUGUUUGCCUCCCAGGUGAUGCGAUACGCCGACCUGUACGCGGCCUCUUUCAUCAACCUGCUCUACUACCCCUUCAGCUAUCUGUUCAGGGCUGCACAUGUGCUGAUGCCUCACGAGUCGACGGUGGAGCACUCGCACGUCAACCUGAUAGACACGGAGUCGCCGCUCGCCACCCGCAACCGCCGAGACUUUGACGUCAAAGAAAUGGAGAUCAAGCGGCACCAGCUCACUCGAUCCAUCAGCGAGAUCCAGCCGCCUCACCUGUUCCCACAGACUCCACAGGAGAUCACCCACUGCCACGACGAGGAUGACGACGAGGAGGAGGAGGAGGAAGAGGAGUGAAAGGAAGCAGAUAGAUGAGCCUUAUCUCUGUUGCACAUUUUAUUCGAUUGUUCAAAGCGUAACGUUUUGUCUAACUUUCAAGCGGCUGAUUGGAUAUUAAGCUUUAGAAAAUCACGUCCAGGUUUGCUGGUUUGACCAGGAUCAUGAAGCCAGUUUGGAUCUAGUUGUUCUUAGCAAAGGAUUCAGGCAUGAACGGUGUGUGUUUGCAUGUGUGUGUGUGUGGGGGGGUCCUGCUGGCUUCUGCCCAGCCAUCAGCUUCUCCACUCAGUCGGAGCUCUUUUUCUUACUGCCAUUUUGCUCUUUUGUUUUUGUUUUGUUUUCCUGCAGCUUUAUGCACAAGACUGUCAGUCUGUACAUGAAGGCAAAGAAGAAGCUUUAAACUAUGUGCUCAUUUAAAUAUGUGGCAGAUUUACAAAUUGUAUUAUGUAAAAGGCAGACCAAUCAACCACACCAUUAAAACCAUCGCAACUGCUGGACUGUCAUAUAAAUGCUGGUGAUGGAUAUCUUUAUCAGUCUGAGGGUUUUCAUCUCGUGGGCGGUUAGUGUAACAAAACAUUUGUGUGAAAACAUUAAAAAAAAAAAACUUUAUGUACUCGUAAAAGCUCCAGGCAGAGACC